CUGGACACAAUGGGGUCUGGGAGUUGGGCUGGGCGGGGGCGGGAAUCCAGGCACCCCACCUUGCCUUCCCCACCUGGAGCCACAAAAACAGGUUAGUGCGUCAACUUUGGGGCCCCCUCCGGGCACCGGGUUCCCCACGCCGCACCCUCACCCCGGUGUCCUUGCCCGAUGCCCCUAAAAUAUCCCGGCCCCCCAGAACCCCAGGGAAUUGCUUUCCCGAAGGACUGAGACCAAACUUUGCGCGCUCGCACACCCCUACUGCACUCGUUUUGGGGGCAGGGGAUGGGACUUAGGCCUCCCCCCGCUCCCCACAGGGCCGGGAAAGCUCGGGUUUGUUUUCCCGGCUCCUGGGAUACAGGAUGGGCCCCGCCCCCAGAGUCUGGAGGAGCUGGAGCGAAGAAGUGCGCUCUGCGGCACUUCUGGGUGGAGGGGCGGGGGCCGCCACCCUCUAUCCACAGGUACCGCAGGCCGUAAGCGCACCCCACCCUUGCGCGCUAUGGGCUCGGACGCCUGGGUCGGCCCUUGGAGGCCCCACCGGCCCCGCGGCCCCAUCGCAGCGCUCUACAGAGGCCCGGGGCCCAAAUACAUGCUCCCACCGAACACCGGCUACAUCCUGCACGACCCGUCGCGACCCCGCGCCCCGGCCUUCUCCUUCGGCGCGCGCCUCCCCACGCAGCAGACUUCUUGCGGCCCGGGGCCCGGCCACCUGGUUCCUGCUCGCAUGACAGUACGCGGCCCAGACGGCACACCCGCCUACUCCAUCUACGGCCGCCCCCGCCACGCAGCGCCCCUCCUCACUCCCGGACCGGGCAGAUACUUCCCGGAGCGAGCUGGGAACGCGACGUACCCCUGUGCGCCUCGGCAUACCAUCGCUCCCCGAAACUGGGGCAUCCACGCGAAGCAGCAGACCCCAGGCCCUGGGACCUACACUGUGCCCUCGCUCUUGGGUCCGCGCGUCAUCGGUAAAGUCGCGGCCCCAACUUACUCCAUCUGCGGCCGCAGCGCAGCGGGCAGCUUCUUGGAGGACCUCAGCAAGACCCCGGGCCCCUGCGCCUACCACGUGGUGAACACUGGGAUCUACAAGUCUCGGGCCCCCCAGUUCUCGAUGCUGGCGCGGACCUCGCUCCCCCAAGACAACACCGUGAAUCCGGGGCCCGCAGCCUACAACGUGGACCAGCACCGGAAGCCCCGCGGCUGGAGCUUCGGGAUCCGGCACUCGGACUACCUGGCCCGGGUCCUGACCAAUGCGGACGACUGA